GGAGACGGUGCGGGUUUCGGAUGAGGCGGGUGCCGUGGGGGACGGUCGGUUUUGCAUGGGGCCGGAAGUCACACGGGGGCUUUGGUUGGGGCAACGCCGGAUUUUGCCGGUGCAUCGUGGUCCAUAUACGAGCCCCGUAGAUAUCCUGGCUGCCGGGGCUAGGAAGGAGAUUGUAUAUCUCGAGGAAUAUGGUCAGCCUGUGCGAGCAUCGAAGCAUCGCCCCGCAAAUCGGUCCUACAAGCAGUCGCCCAGGGACCAUAUCAACAAUCUGGCCGACUACCUUCAGGUUGCGCCGUACUUGGUUCCGAGCGAUGCGUCUUUGACACGACACACAAUCCGGCACCCGGACCUGCAACCCAGUAACAUAUUCGUCAACGAGGACCUGGAGAUUACGGGCCUGAUCGAUUGGCAGUAUAGCACUAUCCGGCCGCUGUUCCUGCAAUGUGGGAUCCCGGCCAAUUUUCAAAGCGCGGAUGGCGAUAUCCCCAGCCUACUGCAAGAGCCACGAUUGCCGGAUGGAUUCGACAGGCUGAGCGAAGCAGACCAACACUGCGAGCGAGAGCUCUUCCGAAGCCGCUGGCUGCAUUAUUGCUAUCUCACGGCGACGGCCAAGCUCAACCCGCCCCAUCAGGCCGCCCUGACCGGGGCCUUGGGAGUUUUGCGGCGGAGGUUGUGCCACCAGGCGGCUGUUCCCUGGGAUGGGGAUAAUGUCACCCUCAAGGCAGAUUUGAUUCAGCUGACGAUAAAUUGGGAUCGGCUUGUACGAUCGGAAGAUGCAAACGCCGCAGCCUGCCCGAUCGCGUAUAGUCAAGACGAGGUGAAUGAGUGCCUGCAGUUGAACACUGCGCAGGUGGCGUUGGAUGAGCAAAAGCGACUGUCGAGGGAGGUACUGGGUGUUGGAUCUGAAGGAUGGGUGGCUGCGGAGCGAUACGACAAUGUGAAGGCAUGCGAGGAGGUUUUGAAGAUUGAUGAGCUAUCUGUUGCCGAUGCUAGUAAAGAGAGCAUCUUAGGUUAGUGGGUAUCUAGAGAUUGAGCAGGUGGGUGGCUUGUUGAUGGUCGCAUUGAAUCACGAGUUGUGAAAGUGAUGAUAAGAGGUUCACCUGAGGUUCACACCAGUGUCACUUGAAAUAGGCUUCACCGGUUGGUGGUCCUUGAGGUCUGAGAGACGCGAUGUCACUAUUGAACCCUGCAAUGCAGUCCUUAGCUGGUUCUUCUUCAGGCAAAAUAGAACUUGAAAGACUUCGUCGAGUGUUGUUAG